UUAUAUGCGUUGUCGCGGACCGAGUCACAGACAACCGAAGUUAAUUGUUAUUGUUGUGCUCGUAAACCUAACCUCAUAAACAAACCAAAUAUAACAUAUUGCGAACGAAUCGAUUUGUUUUUACGUAUUUAUUGAGCAAAUGACGCGCCACGCGAGAAACUGCACUGCGGGCGCGGUCUACACGUACCACGAGAAAAAAAAGGACGCCCAGGCGUCCGGUUACGGCACGAACGCGCAACGAUUGGGCAAAGACUCGGUCAAAAAUUUCGAUUGUUGCUCGCUAUCGCUGCAACCUUGCAGAAUACCCGUGAUAACGAAGGACGGAUACCUCUUCGACAAGGAAGUUAUUCUCGAAUACAUCAUCAGCAAAAAAAACGAACAUAGCCGUAAACUGAAAGAGUAUGAGAGGCUCAAGCGGAAGGAGGAGGAUGAGAACACGCAGAAACGUGCGAGCGAGGUGGAGAAAAAGGUCGCGUCGUUCUUGAAAUCCGAGAACAACAUAGUCAGCAAACCAAUCGAUGGAUUUAAACAAGAACCCAGCACGUCGUCGAUAUCCAACAUGGCCGAAGGCAGGGAUAAGGUUUUGCCGAGUUUUUGGGUACCAUCUCAAACGCCCCACUCUGGCCAAUCGAAACUCGAAAAACCGGACUCCACCAUUUACUGCCCCAUAUCCGGCAAACCAUUAAAGGUGAAAGACUUGAUGGACGUCAAAUUUACACCCGUUAACGACCCGGAUAACAAGAAAUCGAUCCACGCGAGGGAAAACAGGUACAUGUGCGCGGUUACGCACGAUAUCCUCAGCAACUCUAUUCCGUGCGCGGUCUUGAAACCCACCGGCGACGUCGUUACCCUCGAGUGCGUCGAGAAAAUCAUCAAAAAGGACUGGAUUCACCCGUUAACCAACAAAAAAAUCGCAGAGAAAGACAUAAUUGUUAUGCAAAGGGGCGGGACCGGCUACGCGCUAACCAAUGAGAAACUGGAGGGGAAACUGGAAAGACCCGCCCUCAGGGCGUGAGUGAUAAUAAAUAUAUAUGUAUGUCAAUAAAAGUAUUGCGGUCGA